AUGGUUCUUGCAAAGUCAAAGAAUGCCGUCGGCUUGGGCAACAGUUUGAUGAACGAUCGGUUUGGAAAGGGGAAAGGCGCAGAUCGCAAGAAGGUCACUUCGGCAGGAAUUCAUAGAAUAAAUCAUGCUACUGGAGAGACUUAUGUCACGAACGACAAGAAGGAGGCCAGCUGGGUCAAAAUGCGGUCGAUCACUGAGCAGGCUGCCCUCGAUGAGUUUCUAUCGACAGCAGAACUGGCGGGCACAGAUUUCACCGCGGAGAAGAUGAAUAACGUCAAGAUCAUCCACACGGACCAGAAAAACCCGUACCUCUUAUCUGCAGCGGAGGAAAGAGCAGCGGUUGGGAAACAGAAGGCACAUAAGGACCGACUCACGGUGCCGAGGAGGCCAAAGUGGGAUGCAACCACAACUCCGGAGGAACUUGACCGUAUGGAAAGGGACAGUUUAUUGGAAUGGAGGCGGGGUUUGGCAGAAUUACAGGAAAACAAUGAUCUGCUCAUGACACCUUUUGAGCGAAAUCUCGAGGUUUGGAGGCAAUUGUGGAGAGUCAUUGAGAGGUCCGAUUUGGUGGUACAAAUUGUCGAUGCACGAAAUCCUCUACUGUUCCGGUCAGAGGAUCUAGAGAGAUAUGUUAAGCACGUUGGGGAGAGAAAGGAGAACCUUCUUCUCGUGAACAAGGCAGAUAUGUUGACUCUGGAGCAACGACGAGCCUGGGCAGAUUACUUCAAAGGAGCCGGUAUUGCAUACAAAUUCUUUUCGGCCAGCUUAGCAAAGGAGUUGAAUGAGGCUCGGGAUUUCGAGGAGGACGAGGAGAGUGACGAGGAAGCUCUUCCAAAAAAGGCCAAGGCUAAAGGUGGAAUGCUUGCAGCAAAAAUCAAGGGACUCAAGAUCAAGGAUGGGGAUGAGGAUGAGAAUAGUUCCGAGGAAGAAGAAGAUGAGGAUGACGGUGAUGCAGAGGACGAGGACGAAGGCACGAGGAUUUUAACCGUUGAUGAACUAGAAGCUUUGUUCUUAGAACAUGCACCGGAUAACCAAGACUCUGGAUCAGAGAACCCUAGAAAGACACAAAUCGGGCUUGUUGGGUAUCCGAAUGUCGGGAAAUCGUCAACUAUCAACGCGUUAAUCGGCGCAAAGAAAGUGUCAGUGUCGUCAACGCCAGGCAAGACAAAACACUUCCAGACCAUUCAUCUGAGCGAUAAGGUUCUCUUGUGCGAUUGUCCCGGUCUCGUGUUUCCCAAUUUUGCAACCACCAAAGCGGAACUUGUAUGCAAUGGUGUCUUGCCAAUAGACCAGCUUAGAGAGUUCACGGGGCCUGCGGGGCUUGUGGCAAGGCGAAUUCCCCAGGCAUUCUUAGAAGCUCUUUAUGGGAUGAAAAUUGUCACUCGGCCUAUUGAAGAAGGGGGCACAGGAAUUCCAACUGCAGAAGAGUUGUUGUCAGCUUAUGCCAAAGCUCGGGGGUUCACGAGGACUGGUCAAGGACAGCCCGAUGAAUCUAGAGCGGCUAGAUACAUUUUGAAGGAUUAUGUGAACGGCAAACUGCUGUUCUGUCAACCGCCUCCUGUGGACAUCGACCCCAUCGAAUUCAACCGAGGGCUUUAUGAUGAAGCACAUCUUCCAGAAAAGAGACGACAAGCAUUAGCAGCUAUGGAUCCUUCGAUCGAUGACCAAUCUUCCAUCGCGGACUCGGAUAUGGUGUCCUUGCAGCAAGGUCCAAAGUCUAAGCAGCUAGAUGGUGCCUUUUUUGCACAGGGCCAAGGCAACUCGGCGCACCUGCGAAUGCCAUUCAACCAUAAGUACUCGAUACAAGGAACUGCGAGUGGAAAGCAGUUGUCAGGCCGGAAACAGAAGACGAUGCUGGCACUGGAGAAGGAUGUUGAUCCAAACGACGUCAGAUUACUGACUAGCAAAAAGCAUUUCAAGCAAGGAAAGAGGGGAAAUGGAAAAAGGAGAGCAGACUACUUCACUGAUUGA